AUGUCAGACCCAAACUCUCAGCAGCUUACUUGUUUCCUCGAGAAAUGGAAGAACCUCCGGGCUGCUGUCGUCGAAAUGGCACCCAACGCACGAGUAAUCACUCAAAUUGAAGAUGUGAUCGAAGAAAAUGAAACGACUCAGGCGGAGAUAAAUGAGUUGCAUAUCCAGCUGCAAAAGUCAGAAAAGGAAGAGGAGAGGCUUAAGUGCUUCAUCCAGGAGAUCAUUGAGCAAUUUGAAAAGCGAAUUGUUAUUGUGCAAGAAAAGCAAAAUUCCAGUGUUUUAGCGACGAACGCUUUAUUGGCAGAAGCCAAAGAAGAAGUUGCUGAUUCUCGCUCGAAAUCAAAGGAAUCAGAGCAGAGGUGCAUAUCAUUGGAAAGGGAGCUAGAAUUACAAAUUUGCGAACUUUCUGCAAUAUCAGAUGAGCAUCAAAAGCUCAUCUCGGAUCUUGGCUUCGUGAACUUAGAAGAAGAUUUGCAACUUGUCAGCUCAGGGUUCGUGAACUAUGAGAGACCAAUACCUAUUUCAGAUAGUAUAGCAUCAAAGCAUCUCCGCGUUGCCACUUUGAAAGCCCUCAUCGCGACGGAAUUAGCAGCCAGUGUCUUCCUAGCAAUGCCUAGUUACGCCUUUUGGCUCAACCGCGUUUCACCGACUCCAGAUUGGGACAAGAUGGCCAAAGAAAAGCCAAUGCAAGAGGCUGUGAUAAGAUCGGUGUCGUCGAUUGUAUACGCCCCGGAUGAGCAAGAGCUGGAGGAAACAAGAAUUGCCAUUAUUUCCGAUCGUAUAACCUCCAAGUUGAAACCGCUUCUUAUCGAAAUGACAUCAUUUGAAGAAAGGUUACAGCGAUUGCUACGAGAAUCAUUCUAUAUAUGGAGGGCUGUUCAAAGAAGCAAGCAGCGAGUGGUUGCAUUGACCGAUGGGCUCGCAAAUGUGGACGAUCCUGGGUUUGAUAUUGAUGAGGGAGUCUCAAUACAGGGAGCGGCUCGGGCUGACAAGUUGGGGUCACCGAUAGUUACUUUCCCGACAAUUUCAGCGGUCGCUAGCCUAAAGGCUCGCCAUACUGGCUAUAUCCUGCGCGCUUCAAAUCCCUUAUACAUAUCUGGAGCUAUUGAAGCCGAGCACCAAGUCAAGAGAGUAAGAGGAAGAGGAUAG